AUGGAAGAAUUAAUAUCUACAAUUCCAUGCAGAGAGCAUCAAUUGCAGGACUUGAUGGAUCUUUUAGGGGAAGGUGAUGAACCGCUGCCCUAUUCUUUAUUCGUGAGCGGGAGCAUGGCUACCGGCAAAAGUUUAUGUGUAUCUAAAUUAUUACAAUACUUAAAUUACAAACAUGUAUUUAUCGAUUGUAUCGAGUGUUACUCUCCCAAGAUAUUAUACGAAGCUGUAGUUACAGGUUUAACUGAUCAAGAAGACGUCAAAUGCGACUCAAUGUGGGAAUUGACAAACAUUUUAAAUGGUGUUUGUGUUCAGACUUUUAAAUACAAGCCUAUAGUUUUAGUGUUCGAUAGAGCUGAGAGACUUCGUACCAUGGAUCAGAACAUGUUGAUGGCAUUUUUGAGGCUGAGAGAAUUUUGUAACUUAAACAUUUGUACUAUAUUUGUAACGAAUCUGGUCAAUGAAAACUUUUAUUUUAAAAUGGGUGUCCGGGAACCGAUAAAGUUAUAUUUCCCGAACUACACCAAAGAUGAACUCUUUAAAAUAAUAUUCCUGAAUCAAAAAUCUUUCGUCAAUUACUUGUUAAGUUCGAGUGACGCGUGUAUCGACGGUCAGUUGAAGGAAGAUCUUGAAAACCCCGAGCUGUUUGCGAACUUUUUGAACGCGUUCCUGAGCGUGUUCUACAGACCAUGUAGGGAUCUCAUCGAGUUACAACAUAUGGCGAGAGUGAAUUUUGUAAAAUACUGUGAACCUAUUAUUAAGAAUGAAAUCAAAUCAACGGACCUCACAAAACUAUGGAGGCACAUAGCGCCGAUAUUGAAGACCAGUUUAGAGUUACUCUACUUAAGAAUAAACACAUCAAAAUCUGUCCAGUCUCCGGCCAAAGAGAAUAAUGCAACGCUGGAAGAAACUACUCGAAGUUAUGAAAAUACACUGAAAGAAGAACUUCUUUCAACAAAGACUUUUGCGCAAAGUUUUGAAUUGCCUUAUUAUGCCAAGUACCUUCUGAUAGCCGCUUACCUUGCCAGUUACAACCCACCCAAGGAGGACAAACGACUCUUUAUGAAGAACCACGGCAAACAAAAGAAGAAACUACAGCAGGUGAGGGCCAAAGCCAAAAUAACAGAGAAGUUGAACACACAGUUGGGACCGAAAGUGUUUACUUUGGACCGACUGCUCGCCAUAUUCUAUGCAAUACUAGAAGAUAAGAUAGGUUUGACGAGCAACCUGCUGGCACAGAUCGCAACCCUGGUGGAGUUGAAGUUGAUUGCGGGGAGUAAAGAAGUUGACUUGGAUGUCUCCAAAUACAAAUGUAUUGUGGGUUACGACUUCAUAGCGGCCGUCGCACAAACUGUUGGGUUCAAUGUUAGGAAAUAUCUCUAUGAUUUUAUUUAA